AUGUCUAAAAAGAGAACUUUGGAAUCUUUACAGGAUGAAAGUGGUGGAUUCCCUGAGGUGAAAGCUGAAGCUGUAGAUGAUCUUUCUGCAGAUGGUUUCACUACCAACGAUGAUUUAAUGUCUUUAAUGACCUUUUUAGAUAACGGUUCAUCACAAUCAAAUUUCAUGGUAAAACCAGAACAAAGUUUGAAUCAAACAGCUCAAUUGUAUACAAAUAUACAACAACCACAGCAACAGCAGCAACAACAACAGCAGCAGCAACAACAGCAGCAGCAGCAACAACAACAACCACAGCUGCAGAAUAUUUAUACAAACAACGGACAGCAAGUCUAUCAACAACAGCCACAAAACGGACAACAACAACAAAUGAUAUCUCCACCACAACAACCCACCUAUUAUACAAAUGGUACCAAUAUCGAUGAUGCCCACAAGUUGCAGCAACAACAAAUGAUGUUACAAGCACAGGCACAAGCACAAGCACAACAACAAGCACAAGUACAAGCACAACAACAAGCACAGGCACAAGCACAAGCACAAGCACAACAACAAGUAAUGACUUCACCUCAACAAAUAUUAAUGAAUCCACAAGAUUUGCAACAACAACAGCAACAACAGAAUCAAAUCUAUCAACAACAGAUGGGUCAAAUGUUACAAUCUCCACCACAACAACUUCAACAUAUUCAAAUUCAGUCGCCUCCACAACAACAGACAAUAAUGCACACAUCUCCACCUCAGAUUUUACAGUCACCUCCACAAUCUUCACUUCAACUACCAACUCCAGUACCAGUGAUCCCACAACAAUUGCAAAAUCAACAACCAAUUCCACUGCCUCCACAUCUGUUGGUCGUCCCAUUUGGAAAUCAACCAUUGCAACCACAUCAACAGAUUAUCAAUGAAUGUCUGAAACUUCACUUGGCGCAGAAGGAUCAGUUGGAAAAGAUGAAGAUCGUACAGAAACAGGUGUUGGCACAUCCACAGAAAGAGACAUUUCAGAUGUUGGACAACGAGCAAAACACCCUCAAGAAACAGAUAGAUGCCGAGUUGACCUCGCUCCAACAGAUCGACCAGACAUUCGUAUUGUCGCCAACAGAGAUACGCAACGUCGUCUUCCUGCUGCACGAACUCACUAUCCAAUCGAUUCAACUGGAGCUGUAUCACGAGGAACUCCAGUUGCUAGUUCGUCCACAAUCGCCAACCCCUACGAUCGCCGCUCUCGUCGUCAUCGAGCAACCAUUCCCUAUGGUCAUCACCAAGUGCAAACCACUGGAAGACGAUCCCGUCGUUGUUCAACUGCUCAGUGGAACAAGAACAGAGCUGCAGCUCAUUGGAAAAGUCAAGGCAACAAUGAUCGUCGAGAAUCAACAGAGUUCAAAGUCAAGCAGCAGUCCCAAAACCAUAGAGACAGAAGUGGUCAGUAUGGACGAAGUACAACGUCUAGCCAAAUAUCAUUUGAAAUUCCUAAAUGGUACAAGAAAGAAUCCGGUGACACUAAAGUUUGGAAUGCAGGUUCAGGUGGUCGGUGGAACACCGGUCAACAUUGAGUCGCCACCAUCGUCGCCGUUCAUCGUCAUCACCAACGAGUGUCAAUAUGAAGAGUCCGACGGUACUCUCCUAAAGAAAGACAGUUUCGGAAACAAUGCCGAGAUAGCCUGGGCCUCGUACGCCAACAAGCUGCAACGUCACUUCUUGCGCGCCACUCGUCAAGACUCGAUAAAGCCGACCAGAUACCUGUCGCGUCACGAACUUAUCUAUUUACAUCAACAGUUCUUUGGCGGUCGUGCCACUAUUACACAGGCAAUGUUUGAUACUUUUUGGAAUUGGUUCGGUAAAGGACUACAGAAACUUCGUUACCAACGUCAUGUUUGCUCCAUGUGGCAGUCCGGUUUGAUCUAUGGUUUCAUUUCAAGACAGAGCGUUGAAGAAGCACUGAAAAAUGAAGAGAUGGGUACUUUCCUGAUUCGUUUCAGUGAAAGACAUGCUGGUCAUUUCGCAAUCGGUUACAAAGUAGACGACCCUGAUCCUGAAAAGAGAAUUAGACAUUAUUUAGUUAAAGCUGAUGAUACUGCUGGUGCUAAAAAGACUCUUCCAGAUUUCUUGGCAGAGUGUCCACAAUUUACAAAGAUACUUCAGUUGACAAUUGAUCCAACAACAGGUGAACCGAGAUUAAGAAAUUUCCCAAAGGAUGUUGUAUUGGAGCCAUACUAUUCAAAGAGAGAGGCUCUACCUGCGACCAACGGUUACGAUUCACUGCCAAUGUUAAAUUAA